AGCGAGGUUCAAGAGCUGGUGCUCCGAUGGGGAGUGCAUCCAUGGAGGGCGAUGAUCGCGACGACGAGGUUGAUUCCUUGAUGGCUCGCGGCACUAAGAAGGGCAAGGACCUCAUCGUCUCCUCUACUCCGCCGGCCGGAGACUCGCCUGACGGUGGUACUGACUCCCCGUCUCUCCCUCGCUCCCGUUUGUCCACCCGCAACGCCUCGUCCAAAUACGAUUUCGUAAAGGUGAAAGUGUGGCUCGGUGAUAAUGCGGAUCAUUACUAUGUGCUUUCGAGAUUUCUUCUCAGCAGGAUGUUGACUGUUACCAAGAUCCCGAAUCAUGUUGCAGUUAAGAUUGCUCUUGAACUCAAAAAGCUGCUUGUAGACAACAGCCUUCUUGAUGUUUCACAGUCAGAUUUAGAAGCAAAUUUAUUCAAGCUUAUGGAUCGCCGUGGCUUUGGUGAGGAAUAUAUUAAUCGCUACAAGAUGAUGACCAGAUUCCAUCACCAGAGAGUGCCAUUAGUCAUUCUUGUAUGUGGUACUGCCUGUGCUGGGAAAUCCACAAUCGCCACACUGCUUGCUCAACGGUUAAAUCUGCCCAAUGUUUUACAGACUGACAUGGUGUAUGAAUUACUACGCACAUCGACAGAUGCCCCAUUAGCAUCUACACCAGUAUGGGCUCGGGAGUUUAACUCCUCUGAAGAACUCAUUACUGAAUUCUGCAGGGAAUGCCGAAUUGUACGUAAAGGUUUGGCUGGUGAUCUGAAGAAAGCUAUGAAAGAUGGGAAACCGAUAAUAAUUGAGGGAAUACACCUGGAUCCAAGUAUCUAUCUAAUGGAUGAUGGGAAUAGAAGUCAGGAGAUCUCACAUAAAAAGGGAGGGGCUGGGACUGCAGAAGAUCCAUCUAUAAGUGUCUCAGGUCUAGAAAAUGUUUCCACAAAUGAAGAUCAUGUAGAGAAUAAGCAGUCAUGUUUCUAUAGUGGAGGAGCAACGUGCUCACAAAGCCCUAGAAGAUGCUGGUCUCCAAGAAACUCUGGCUUUGAAAGAAAGUGCUCACGAGCUUCAAGGGGAAAUUUUCAAAGGACUCGGGAUUUACAAGGUAGUGAUUUGGGAAAGAAAGAAGGGUCUGUUGCAGAACUACUUCCUGGGGAAGGUGACAAAGAUUCUGAUCUGCAAGCAAGCAAUAUUCCAAAGAUAGAAAAGUCUGCUUCAGAGCCAAUAAUUGUCCCUAUAGUUCUUAAGAUGGCAGAAUUUGAUCACAAGGCAUUACUUGAAGAGUGGAUAUCUACACGAACAUUUGGUGAUAAAUGCAUUCUGCAGGAUCGAGAAAAGCUCACAAGCAAUCUUAAAACAAUUCAGGACUAUCUUUGCUCCUUCGAAGCACAGGGCCUGACGGUGGUCAAUAUUUCUGCAACAACAUUCACGCAGACACUAGAUUCACUCCACAACUAUCUUCUUCAGUGUAUCGAACAGGGUGUUUCUGCUGCUUCCUCCAAAAACCGCAAACAAAAGGAAGAGGAAUAGUCCAACUCAGGUCUGAUAUCCGUAGUCAUCGCAGUUCCCUCCCCCGGGCGAGAAACUGCACCACUCUCGCAUCAUGUAAAGGCUUAUUUGCAGCUAUACAAUCGUAGGUGUGACGAGGAAGUGCAUAUAUAGCAUCAAAGAAUAGUUCGCAGUUAUAGACCUGCAGCAAAGCUAUAAAUGGAUAAAUAACAAAAAAUAUAUAGUCUUUUGUAUUCAUGAGUCUGAAUCUAAGCAUCCAUUUUUGUGUUGUGUUGUGUUGUGUUGAGAUUUGAUACAAACUAGAUGUAUAUCAUUCCCCCAUCAGUACAAUCAUAAACAUUUGAUCUCUGUUGCUGCUAA